AUGCCGUUUAACCCUUCCUACAAGUGGGUAGAGAAUGAGGGAUGUCGCCUUCGCUACUGGCACCAAGGCACGGGGCCUUUACUGAUCAUGAUCCCGGGCGCCGGCGGCCACGGACUCCAAUUCAACGCCAUUUUCGAGUAUCUCGACUCGCAUUUCACCAUAGUAGCAUACGACCGGCGACAGAACUCUGCCAGCCAACUACUACCGGUACCUGUCGGGGACCAAGAGCACGAUGAUGGUGUUGACAAAACCCUGAACCCGGCACAGCAAGCGCGCGACGUUGUCGCCAUCAUCAAAGACCUGGGCCAGCAAAAAGCCAACAUCUUCAGCAACAGCGGCGGCGGAGUCAUCGCGCUGCAGUUGGCCGUCAGCUACCCGGAGCACAUCGCGAACAUGGUGGUGCACGAAGCACCUACGACGAUCUUGCUCGACGACGCCACGUACCAUCUCGACCGGGCGUUCAUGCUGUUCGACCUGUACCGCCGCCAGGGCGCGCAGGCGGCUUUCCAAUCCUUCCGCACCGAGAUGAGGGGCUACGAAAACAGUCCGCCACUGUCCCUGCCGCAUCCCGACAACCUGGAGAAGUUCUGGAGGUACGAAUUCUUGCAGUUCACCAUCUACUGUCCGGAUCUUACCAGGAUCGUGCGCAACGGCGUGUCCAUCGGCGUCGCGGCUGGGCUCAAGAGCGCCGACGCCUUUUAUGCCCGCACCACCUUCCCACAGGCCGAGAUCCUCCAGUGCCCGAGGUUCGAGUUCCCUGGCCACCAUGGUGGAUAUGAAUCCGAGCCUGCUCUCUUCGCGCCCGCCUUGAUCGACGCAUUCGCACAGCUGGAGGAGCGGAAGGCAGGGGGAGUAGCUUGA